AUGCCUCAAUAUGGUCGUUGUUCUUCAAAUACUGCAUGUGGAUGUUUUCAUAUGGAGGGCGCUCCGAACAUUGGUGUUUGUGGCUUCAAGUGGGUUGAUUGUCUUGAUUUAAAUCCUUGUGAUCUAAAUGAUGGUAGUUGUCCUGAAGCUGAUCAGAUUUGCGUUAAGCAUCCACGAUGCAGUAUUGCUCCUGUUUGUUAUCCUGCAUCAAUGAUUCAAUCAACAGUUUGUCCAUCAACCAAACCAGCAAGUACUACAUCGACAGCUACAACAGCGACUACAACUGAAAAAUCUGUGUUCGUCCCAUUACGUGCAAGCAAGGUUGAUAUUCCCCCGAAUCCAACAUGGCAAACAGAGGGUAUUACAGUAGCUGAAGGAUAUAUAUUACCCAAUGGAACGAACGCAACCAAUAAUCUCUACUUUCCGAUGGGUAUAUUUGUUGCAGAUGACGAAACAUUUUAUGUCACUGAUCCGAACAAUAAUCGAGUUAUGGAGCUAAAAUCAGGCGUAACCACUGGAAAAGUUGCUGCUGGUGGAAACGGGAGAGGCAACGAGGCUAGUCAAUUAUCCGGUCCAACAGAUGUGAUUGUUGACAAACAAACAGAUAGCCUUAUCAUUUGCGAUAAUAAUAAUAAACGAGUAGUUCGAUGGCCUCGUGUGGGUGGUAAAAGCGGAGAAACCAUAAUACCAAAUGUCAAUUGUUAUGGUAUCACAAUGGACGAAGAUGGAACAUUGUAUACUGUUGGGUACGACACAGAUGAAGUGAAACGAUUCCGAAAAGGAGAAACACAAGGUACCGUAGUUGCCGGUGGUAAUGGACGUGGAAAUGCUGCCAACCAACUCAAUUGGCCACAAUACAUCUUUGUCGACCGAGAUCGUUCAAUUUACGUAACUGAAUUUUACAGUAAUCGUGUGACAAAAUGGGUAGAAGGUGCAAAAGAAGGAAUCGUCGUUGCUGGUGGUAACGGACGAGGAAAUGCUCUUAACCAAUUAGCAGGUCCUCAAGGAGUCCUUGUCGAUCAAUCGGGCGCUGUAUACGUAGGAGAUGGUGGCAACGGUCGAGUCGUUCGUUGGCCUAAAGGAGCCACCGAAGGUAUUGUCAUAGCUGGUGGAAAUGGAUCAGGAAAACAAGCGAACCAACUCGCCUAUUCCUAUGGUAUGUCAUUCGACCGGCAAGGCAAUCUUUACGUUGUUGAUCAUUGGAAUAGUCGAGUACAAAAAUUUAACAUCGUAUAA